AUGACAAAAAAAUCAUCUAAAAAACAUAAUCAAGUUGACUUAUCUCGUCCGUUUUGCUAUUAUUGUGAAAGAGAUUUUGAAGAUCUUAAGGUUCUAACAGCACAUCAGCGUGCAAAACAUUUUAAAUGUGCAAGAUGUUCAAGAAAACUCAAUACAGCAUCAGGUCUUGCAAUCCAUGUUGUCCAAGUACAUAAAGAAACUAUUACUACAGUCGAAAAUGCAAUUCCUGGGAGAGAUUCUAUUGAUAUUGAAAUUUACGGAAUGGAAGGUAUCCCAGAAGAUAUUAUUCAAUUACAUUAUAAACGCUUAAUGGAAAAAAUGUUGUCUCAUGACGCUGUACCUCAGCCAGAACCUAAAAGACAAAAGGUAGAAACACAUGUUGAUGCAGCAGAUAUCCAAGCCAGAUUAGCUGCCCACAAAGCAGCUAUGCAACAAAAACAAGUUGUUCUAAACUCAGAAAAAACAGCAGAAUCAUACUCAGUAGCUACGCAAAUAGAACAGUCUGCACAAAUGGCGCCUGUUGAAACACCGCAGCAGUCAAUUGUUCCUUCUGCUUAUGGGAUUCCUCCACAAUACCAAAAUUUUUAUCAAAAAAACAAUCCAACAACAAAUCAACCAUAUUAUUCAACGCAAAAUUAUAUACCAUCGAAUACACCGUCAGCAUUUACUGAUACUCAUGCUCCUGUAGUCAACACUACCUAUCAGACAAAUACAGGAGGACCAUCUUCCUUAUUACAACCCGAUAAACACGAGGCAUUAACAGAUCAGUCUCCCACUAAUGCAUCUAAUUCAGAUGUUUCGUCUAUAAAAAAUAUAACAUCUUCAACCAAACCUAAUCAAAGAUUGAUCUAUAAUGACCAUGAAUUAAUGCCUGAAGAGAAAAAAGCACGUUUGCCUCAAUACAAAUAUGAGUUUUCAGUGGAAGACGAUACUGUAGAAACAAUAGAUACAAGAGCCAUUGCUUCAUUACUAACAAACCAGCUCUACACUUAG